AUGAAGCCCGCAAAACAUCUGUUAGCCUCUAGUAAUAAAUUGGCAAAUGUUCCAGAAUUCACUUACAAAAAAGGACUAUUGAAUUUGCCAUUGUCACCUAAAUCAAAGGAAAAACAUAGUACAAAAUUAGUACGUGAUAAACUUGAAACAAUGGCCUUAAGAUCUCCACCAACAGGGGAAUCCAUCGUAAGGUAUGCUUUGCCCAUUCCAUCAAGUAAGACAAAGGAGUUAAUAGCAGAAGAUGAGUUGAUCAGGAAAAUUACCAAUCAUCUGAAGAUGAUUGUUUCUACUUUGGAAGAAACCUAUGGAUUUAGCAUUCAAAAUGGAGAAAAAUCAGUUGUGAAGCCUGAACCUGAGGAAUUAACUUUAUCGGUUGGGGAUGAUCUGAAUUCAUUCUUGAGAUGUUGUUCACAACUUGCUGCUCAGUUAGAAGAAGCAGCUAAGGAAGAACAUAAUAUUUUGGAAUCUCUUUUUAAGUGGUUUCAGCAACAGGUCAAUCAGAUGGAAGAGAUAAGUAAAGAUCAAACUUUUUUAGAGGUAGAGUUUCCAGCACCUGACAAAACCUUAAACAUUGCACAAGUAGUAAAACAGGUGCAAAAACUAGAAGCACGGAAAAAUCACCUUAAACAACAGUCUAAAUACUCCUCGAGGACCACAUUGUCUAAAGCCAAGGAUAGUGAAAAUUCACCAGGAGUACAUAGUUACGAAGCUGUACAGCAGAUAAUUGAAGAAUUCAUAAAAACCCACUCAACUGAAGAAUUUAUAGAUGUUUCUGCAACUGAUCCACAAACUGCUUAUUCACUGAUGAAGCGAGUGGAUGUCAUGUUGAAAAUAUUUGAAAAACAUUCAAAUAUGUUGGAGAGAGCUGUGAGUGAUCAAAGUUUGUUAGAGGCUAAAUUCAAACAAAUGGAAAGUGAUUUUCAAGUGUUAUUAAAGGAGAAAUUGAGGCUGGAAAAUGAAUUACAAAAGCUGAAGAAUACUGAGAAAACAAAGUCAAUGUAUGAUAGGACAAAGAAAACUAUAAAAACUGAGAAGAAAAAAGACAAAGGAAAACCUGAGGAUUCAGAAGAGAAGAAGUCUCUAGUCAAAGACCUUAAAAUAAAAGGAGAUUUGCUUCAAGUCCAGAAAGUAGCACACGCUCUGGAAAUUGAGAACAAGGUCCUUCAGGAACAACUGAAACAGGCUCUCCAGGAAGCUGAAAGAGCGAAGCAUCAACUUGACUAUUUCCUGAAUCAAGGGAAAGAAUUACUUAAAAGUGAAGGGAAGACCAAGACAACAAUGGAAAUGGGUAUUAGUAAAAUAAACGUUGAAGAUUCAAAAGAUAUACCAUUGGAGAGAGGAAGAAGGAAAUCACUAGUUACAGAUUCAGGUGGACAAAAGACAAAUUCUAAAAUCCAAGAACAUCUACAGUGGAUUCAGAAGCUCUUUCUUGAACAUUGA